AUGGCCAAUUUUCUAGCCUUAGGUCACCUUCGUCGUUGUUUUAGUACAUCGGCACGUCUUUAUCAAGGUAUGGUGCAAGCACCCAUACAGGUUUUUGGCUUAGAAGGUCGUUAUGCAAGUGCCCUGUAUUCAGCUGCUUCAAAACAAAAACAACUGGAUGUUGUUGAUAAAGAUUUUCAAAAAUUAGAUAAAUUAUUGAAAUCCGAUACACACUUGAAGGAUUUAUUUCGUAAUCCAAUAUUAACCAGAGAACAACGUAAAUCCAUGGUGAAUGAACUUUCCAUAACAGAAAAGCUCUCGGAUAUUACUAAAUCCACAUUAGAGUUAAUAAUCGAUAAUAAUCGUGAAAAACGUUUGAGUAAGUUUAUUCAAGUGAUGAAUCGUCUAAUGGCUUCACAUCGUGGUGAAUUGUCAUGUCGUGUUACUACGGCCAAAGAAUUGGAUGAUCGAACACGUAAAGAAUUGGAUUCAGUAUUGCAAACAUUUGCACAAAAAGGUGAAAAAUUAAACGUGGAAACAUUCGUAAAUCCUGAAAUUAUGGGUGGUAUGAUCGUGGAAGUUGGUGAUAGAUCAACUAUGUUACGUUUAAAUACAAAAUUUCUUCAAAAUACAGCGUCUUGCCUAUGGAAUACCAUACAACGUUCAAUGUUUAUUCAAACUCAAGAUACACCAAAUCCGAAUAGUUUAAAAUUUUUGCCCGGUAAACAAGUGCUUGACUCUGGUACAAAAGAUUUUCCUACAAUACAAUCGGCUUAUUGUUCUCCAUUAGCAAAACAGUUAUUUCGUAUCGAAGGUAUUAAAUCGAUAUUUUUUGGUAAUGAUUUUAUCACUGUUACAAAACAACAUGAUGAUAUUGAAUGGCAAACAAUUAAACCAGAAAUCUAUGCAACAAUUAUGGAUUUUUAUUCUACAAAUUUACCCAUUAUCAAUGAAGAUGAACAACAACCCGAAAGUAGCAUACUACCCGAAGAUGAUGAGACAACAGCAAUGAUAAAAGAAUUAUUAGAUACAAGAAUUCGUCCUACUGUGCAAGAAGAUGGUGGUGAUGUAACAUUUGUGGAUUAUGUAGAUGGUAUUGUUAGAUUGAAACUACAAGGUGCGUGUUCAUCAUGUCCAAGUUCAAUUAUAACAUUGAAAAGUGGUAUUCAGAACAUGUUACAGUUUUAUAUUCCAGAAGUAAAAGGUGUCGAGCAGGCAGAAGACAUCGUUGAUAAAAGAAGUAAAAAAGUGUUUGAAGAAUUUGAGCAAGAGUUGGAAGAACAAGCACAUACAAUGGAUAAUAAACUAGAGGAAAAAAAACAAAAUGCUUAG